AUAAAAGGCUGCGGUCUGUACUCUGUGUCCACCUCCUGACCACAUCCCGACCCUCUCACUCAGAAACCCACUCAGCCUCAACAUGCCUGCUGACUAUAACGGACGAUGGGAGAUGGUGAGCAAUGAGAACUUUGAGGAGCUCAUGAAGACUCUGGACAUAGACUUUGCGACCCGUAAGAUCGCAGCUCAUCUCUCCCAGACGAAGGUCAUUGUCCAGAACGGAGAUAAAUUUGAGACCAAAACUCUGAGCACCUUCAGAAACUACGAGGUCAACUUCAACAUUGGGGAGGAGUUCGAGGAGCACACCAAGGGCCUGGACAACAGAGUGGUCAAGACGCUGGUUCAGUGGGACGGAGACAAGCUGGUCUGUGUGCAGAAAGGUGAGAAGCAGAACCGAGGAUGGAAACACUGGAUCGAGGGAGAUCUGCUGCAUCUGGAAAUCACCUGUGAAGACAAAGUGUGCCAUCAGGUGUUCAAGAAGAAGCAGUAAAGCUCUCAGCCUGCACUCGUUCUCCUGACGGUGAUCACCACCUGCAUCUGAUCUCACUGUACAUACUGUACAUAUUCACAUGCAAUUUUAAUAAAGGGCUGUAACCAGA